AUGAUCACGCAUUUCCACCUGAUCUUUCACACAUCUCAAAAAUCGGAAAUACUCGAAGAAGUUCAACAUAUCAUUACACCUCACCAACCACACGAAGUUAACACUGCUAUGGAAGAUUUUCAGAAAAUAACAGAAAGUGAAAAUCAGUUGAAGGAAACAAGUAAGGAAAAUGAUGAUGCUACACAUUACGAUUCAGAAUUGGAUUUAGAUAAUGACAAUUUGCAUUUGGAUGAUCACGAUGACAAAGAUGAUGCUGAUCAUGGAGCUCAUGACGAUGAUGUUGAUGAUGGUGAUGACGUGGACGACGACAUGGAUCAAGAUCAUGAUAUUGAUGAUGACGACAAUCAUAACGCUAAUGGUGCUGAUGAUGAUGAUGGCACUCAUGAAGCUAAUGAAGAUGAUGUUAAUCAUGUUGAUCAAGAUUACGUUGCUGUUGUUGAUGAGGAUCAUGUCAAUGAAGAUGAUGCUGAUGACAACGAAGAUGAUGAUGACAGUCAUGAAGCUAAUGAUGAUGAUGGUGAUGUCGAUAAUGAUCCAAACGUGCAGAAUACUGAAGAAACUGUGAAAAAUCUACUGAAUCCGUUUGAACAAGGAUGUGCUGAUCAAGCAAAUGAGAAAACACCUGCUAAAGGUGCAGAAACUCCCAAAGAACAGACAAAUAAUCCAAGGAAACUACUUGUCUCUGGCAUUCCAGUUGAAGCUUUUGAGGCAACAAAAGAAUGCUGA